CGGCAGGGCGUAUUUAUCUUCAACAUCGUGCAAUGGACACCGAUCAAGUACCUUGGCUACUCGUACCCGUUCUGGGCCCAUGCCUUCGGCUGGUUUACCGCACUGUCGUCGAUGCUGUGCAUCCCCGGAUACAUGAUCUGGCUGUGGAGAAACACCCCUGGCGAUCGUGCUAAUAAAAUUCGACUGAUCGUUCGAAUCGAGGACAGCGUAAGCCAGCUUCGGGAGAGAAUGCAGGCUGAUGCAGAGAAGGGCAUGGAGCUGUAGAAAGGGACGU